AUGCCGGGAAGGCAGAGGACAGUCGACUUCCGUCUGCAAAGGCUGCCGGGGCUGCUGGAGAAGAGAAUGGAGGAGAGGGGAGCACGAGGGGGGCAGGGGCAGGACUGGGAGGAAGGGGGCAGCGAGGAGCGGAGGGAGCCCCCACCAGGCCUGGCUCUGCCCGGCAGCCCGGCCAUCCGAGGGCAGGACUGCGUGGACCCGGCGCUCCAGGGCUGGGGGGCGGGGGAGCGGGGAGGGGGCGGCCGACCUCUGCCCCCCGCGCCUCCCGGGGCGAGCCACACCCCCUUCACAGGCCGGGAGGCUGAGGCCGGGCUCUGCCUGUGCUCCAGAGCUCCCCACCCCAAGCCUGGGGUGGGGGGUCCGUCGGACCUGGUCCCCGGCCCCAGCCCCAAGCCGAGACCAGACCUGAGCCUCUGA